AUGGCAUAUUGUGGUUAUAUGAAUGCAAUCCAAACGUGGCAAUUAAGGACUGUUGUUGACAACCACACUUGUAGUAGAGAGCACAAAGUGAAAUUACUUAAUUCCAAAUGGCUGAGUAAAAGGUUGGAGAAUACCGUGAGAGAAAAUCCCAAAGUGAAGGUAGGGGAAAUUCGUGACAAGAUAAGUAGAAAGUGGAAUGUUGGUGUAUCUAGAUCCAUGGCUUUUAGAGCAAAGUCCAUUGCUUCCGAACAUGUUGAUGGGUGUUUCAAAGAACAAUAUAAAAGGAUCUAUGAUUACGCGAAUGAGCUGUUAGUUCGUAAUCCUGGAUCCACAGUGAAGGUGCAAGUGGAAGAGAAUAUCGAUGGCCAUAUUUUCAAGAGGUUGUACGUUUGUCUUAAGGCCUGCAAGGACAGUUUUGUGUUUUGCAGGCCAAUUAUAGGACUGGAUGGUGCUUUUUUAAAAGGUAAAUAUGGUGGUGUAUUGCUAACUGCUAUUGCAAGAGACGCAAAUGACCAGAUGCUACCUCUAGCAUAUGCCAUUGUGGAGGUAGAGAAUAAAGAAACAUGGAAAUGGUUUUUGGAACUUCUGGAUGAAGACAUUAGGGGGGAGGCAGUACAUGCAUCAUUGACAUUCAUAUCAUAUCAACAAAAGGGCUUAAUGAAAAAAUUCCCUUCAAAGCAGCUAAAGCGGAUGAUGUGGAAGGCAGCUACAGCAACUCAUCCACAAGCCUGGGAAACCGAAAUGAGAAAUAUAAAGGAAGUGAAUCUCGAGGCAUUCAAAUACCUUAUAAAAAUUCCUCCCAGAUACUGGUCACGAUCAAGGUUUACGACCAAUGCUAAGUGUGAUACUUUGGUAAACAACAUGUCAGAGGCAUUCAACAGUGUAUUGCUGCAUACAAGGUCAAAGCCAAUCAUAACCAUGUUGGAGGAUAUCCGCCUUUACUUGAUGAACAGAUGGGCAACAAACCGAACAAAAAUAGCCUCAUUGUCUGGGGUGAUUUGUCCAAAAAUCAAGAGUAGACUUAAUAAGGAGUCCCAGCUAACCAAAUUUUGGAUUCCUAGCUGGUCAGCACUGCAGUUGUUUGAAAUUCGUCAUGUGUCCCAAGUUGGUGACAAGUUUAUAGUUGAUAUAGACAAAGUUGAAUGCACAUGCAGGAAAUGGGCUAUCUCGGGCAUUCCAUGCUGUCAUGCGUUGGCUGUUAUGAAGUUUCGGAAUUUAGAUGCAGAUGAUUUCAUCCCUGUUUGUUUUAGAAAGUCAACAUACCAAGAAAUCUACUCUUCCAUUGUGUAUCCAGUUAAUUGUCAGAAUAUGUGGGAAAUUACCCCAUAUAAUGAUGUGCUCCCUCCAAAAAAGAGAAUAUUGCCAGGGAGGCCUAAGAAGAAAAGAAGGUUGCAGGAAUGGGAGUUAGUCAAGGACGAAACAAGAAUGAGGAAGGGUGGUAUGCAUAAAAGAUGUGGCAUUUGUAAGGAGCUGGGUCACAACAGAACUUCUUGCCAGAAAUCAACCCAAGAUGGUGAACUCAACCCUGACCAAACACAACAAAGCAACCCAACAAAUGAAGAAAACAUACCAUCAUCAAAUCAGCCUUAA